AUGGCUUCUCUCUCCGCCGCCAUCCUGGCACGGCCGCCACCACAAACCGCCGCCGACCCGUCGCCUCUGGCUGUAGCUGCGGCUGUCCACCAGCACCAACAGCAACAGCAGCAGCAACAGCAACAGCAACAUCAGCGAGACCAAAACCAAUCCUCCCCUUCGCCCUCCAUCACACCGCCCAACCAGUCGAGCGGCCACAGACCACAUCCCCACCAUCUGAUCAACAGCGAGAGUCUGCGCGACCACCUGUUCUUGCCAAGCAGCUCCGGCGGCGCAGGAGGCUCCAGUGGCUCCAGUGGCGCACCAGCGGCAGCGGCAGCGGCGGCGUCGACACCACGCAGCCGUCUCAGCAGUCCGCUGCGCGAGCUCGAAAGCGAGCUGUCCAGCCACGGUCACGGUCACGGUCACCACAGCUCCGUCGACGACGCGCAGGAGCCGCAUCUUGAGCCCUCGUCGCCGACCAGCCGCAGCAACGGCGCGUCUGCUGCGGCCGACGAAAAGAACCGCCGGCGCCUCAACAAGCUGCGCUACCGCUCCAAGUCGUCGGUCGAGCAGGCCCCCUUCCCGUCCCCGUUUCCCUUUCCCUUUCCGCCCAUCGCCAGCCUGGCCGGCUUUGGCUUCCCUCCCUCGUCGUCCUCCGCCGCCGCGCCCAACGCCAUGGACCCGCCCGUGCUCUCCUUUUACGGCGCCGAGCCGGUGCCGCUGCCGUCCCGCUUCGCCCACAUCAAGCGCCGCCUCGCCGAGGGCCACCACGACGCCAUCAAGGCCUCGUGGGCCCGUCUCCUGGACGCGCUGGCCGCCGACGUCCGCCGCAUCGCCGACCAGGGCCCCGCCCUCAUCCCCUCCAUUGACUUUGCCGCCAUCGACGACCCGGCCGCCGUGCAGCCCUUCCAGGACGCCCUCAAGACGUGCGGCGUCGGCGUCGUCCGCGGCGUCGUGCCCGCCCGCGACACCGCCGCCUGGGUCGACGAGACCCGCCAGUACCUGCAGCCCGCCGACACCGACGGGUCCACCUACGACAUCAAGCCGCCGCCGCCGCAGGACCCGACCUGCUUUGACUUUUUCUGGACGCCCGCGCAGGUGCGCGCGCGCGCCCAUCCCAAUGUGUUGCGGGCCAUGAAGUUUGCCAUGGGCUUCUGGGCGGCGGCCCCGUCGCCGUCACCGUCGCCGACCCCGGACAAGGACAAGGCCGCCGCAGACAAGAGCGCCCGCGGGCCGUCGGGCGACCCGCGCGUCGCCACGCGCUUCCCCAUCAGCUACGCCGACCGCAUCCGCAUCCACGUGGACGUCGAGCAGGUGAACCUGGUGCACAAGCCGGAGAAGGAGAAGGACAAGGAGAACAAAGCAAAGGCGGAGGCGACGGCCGAUGGAGACAAGGGGGAGGAAGCAACAGACGAGGACGAGACCACCGACAAGGCGGCAGCGCCGCACGCGGUGCCGGCCAAGGCCCCCGUGACACCCCCCACCGUCAUGGCCCAGGUCGACGGCGGCUCCCUCGAGCGCUGGGAGCCCGACGGCUACGGCCGCGGCGGCACGUACGAUUCCGUCUUCCGCGGCCGCUGGGAAGACUACGACCCCUGGGACCCCGUCGGCCGCGUCCAGGCCACACCGGACCUGUACAACGGCGCCGGCGCCUGCAGCAUUUUCCGCAUGUUCCAGGGCCUGCUGGCCCUGACCGACGUCACGCCCGGCAUGGUGCGCCUGCUGCCGUCGCCCAAGCUGGCCACGGCGUAUUUUCUGCUGCGGCCCUUUUUCAAGCCCAAGACGGCGGCCCCCAAGGGCGCUGACAAGGACGACGCCGCCUGGGCCGCCUUCUUGGACGCCGCCAACUGGGACAUGGAGGAGGAGGCGUCGACCAUCAUCCAUGGCGCCGUCCCCGGCCACGCCCAGCGCGUCACCGAGCUGUGGCACCCGCACCUGCAGCUGCGCCAGAGCCUGCUGACGCCGCCCAGCCUGCAGGCCGGCGACUACAUUGUGUGGCACUGCGACACGCCCUACACGAUUACGAGCGAGGGUGGGGGCCCGCUCGGCGAGAGCGGGUCCGGGUCGGACGUUGGCGCCCCCCCCGGCGCCUCCCUGGCCACCGCCCCCAUGCUCGUCUACGUCCCCGCCUGCCCCCUGACCCAGACCAACGCCCUCUACCUCGCCCGCCAGCGCAAGGCCUUUUUGCGCGGCCACCCCGGCCCCGACUUUGACGCCACCGGCUCCGGCCUCGGCAGCGAGGCCGACCAUGCCGCCCGCCUCGGCGAGACGGCCAUUGAAGCCGUCGGCGGCCGCGAGGGCCUGCGGGCGAUGGGCCUGUUGCCGUGGGACGUGGAAAAGCCGGCGGCGGCGGCGGAGGGGUCCAACGUGGACACGGACGUCGUCGCGUCGACCGAGGCGGCCGAGGCAGCCGACCAAAUGGACGUCGAGCCCCCGGCGGCCACGUCCGCGCCGUCCACCGACGAAUCCCUCUCCCAGGCCGAGCUGGAACUGGUCCGCCUCGCCAACAUCAUCCUCUUCCCCGAUCAGUACGAGUUCUACAUGCCGACGCGGCACAACUCGCCCGAUCGGGAGUAG